AUGUUAAGGCCAUGGCCACAUCUUCCUAAACAACUACUCAACAUAGUUGCAAAGCAAUCAAGUCUGAUGAAAAACAUCAGCUAUGAUGGUGUCACAAAAUCCUGGAGAUUAGCACCAAAGCAUUGCAACCCAGUUGGAAAAUCACCAUAUCCCCAACUCUCCUACAACAGCGAUGGAUGUCAUGAGCCUCAUGGAAAGUCUCUUCCUGACAAUUUCGACAUCUCAUUCCGAGCUGGGUACUUUUGGUGGUUCAGAGGCCUGCCCCCUAGUCAUUAUCGCUGUCUACAUUUUGUAGGGUACUCCCAUGGUGUGCUAGUUGCUAGAGGGGCUUAUGCACCAUCCCAAUGCUAUCUUUGGGAUACUGUUAAAAGAGGUUGUCCUCAGUUGUUUCUUCCACUUUGGGAUACCAACAAUGUUCCAUUUCAAUAUGCUGCUCUAUCUUCAUCUCCUGAAGAUUGGGAAAAUUGUGUUAUGAUGGUCUUAACAGGCAUUUCUCAUCCGGCUUUCGCAUUCUAUGUCCUAAGAAAAGGAAAUUUAGGGUGGUCCAAACAAGAUUGCAACCUUGUUGACCCACAUUCUUUGAAUCAACAACAAUUUAUGCAAUUCACGAUUGCAAUUGGAUUCAGAGGAAAGUUCUAUGCUUUGAGUUUGCAGGGUACUCUGGCGGUUUUAGAGAUCGAUAUCGAGUCUAAUCUCAAAAUCGCAGAUUUAAGUACAAGCAGGGCUGUGCCUAGUGCACCUUCAAAGCAUUUCAAAGAACAUCUGAUUGAAUCCAAUGGUGAAAUCUUGUUGGUUUUUCUAAUCUCUAGAAAAUCUAUGAACAUUGUGGAGGAUGUGGAGGUUCAUAGGCUUGACUUUGCUAGACUGUCAUGGGUAAAGAUGGAGAGACUUGGGGAUAGAACAAUGUUUGUGGGGACUAAUUGUUGUAUGUCAGUCACUGCUAGCAAAGUGGGAUGUAAGAGUAAUUGUGUGUAUUUUACUCAUCAAGCAAUGGAUGGUUGGUGGGUAUAUGACAUGGAGAGAGGUUGCAUAUCACCUGGUUGGAACAUCACUUAUUCUUCAACAAAAUCCCCAAUUUGGGAUGAACCAAUAGAAGAGGAAUAG